UACGCUUCUUACGAACACGAAUACAAUGUACACACACGACACACAACAACGAGGAUACAAAACUCAUUAGAGUUAUUGUACCAGUGUGUUUUUACGUAGAUAUUUCUCGUAGUACAUAGGAUCAGAAUGUCAAUAAAGUAGAGUAGAGCCAGGAGUCGGUUAUACGUCGUAAAUUCGUGACUUUACAGGGCGAAAUAGAAGAGCUUUCGAUGGUGGUGCACGCGUGUGGCAUUCCCGAGGGUAUAGUGGUGUCGCACAUCGGUGAGAAACGGAUUAACAGCGAGAAGCACAAGAAGAGCCGAAGUGCGAUCUCGGUCGACGUGAGUACGAGUGGCGGGAGUGGGAGCGACAAGGAUAAAUGUAGCGUACUCAUAUAAUGGAGAAAAAAUAGAAAGACUGAGAAAGAGAGAGAGAGAGAGAAAAAGUGAGGGAAAGACAUGAAGGAAAAAGUGAACGAUAUUGUUAAGUGAGUUCUGAGUGGCAAUAAAAAACGAGUAAUAGAAGGACAAGAAGACGAAGAAGGUUGAGGAGGUGGGUGAGGCGGUCAGGAAAGGUAGCUUAUACAUAUAUAUACGGAGAGAGGAAGAGAGAGAGAGAGUGGGUGAAUAGUGUAGAGUCCACAGUGGAGGGAGGAGGGAAGGAGGGAGGUGUGGUGGAUUUUUAGUGCGGGUGCUUAAACGCCUAGUGUUCGGAGUGCCAGUGUCGCCGAGCGUCAGGGCAACCCGGCGUCUCGCGUGUUUUGCUUGUGUCUUACGAAUUUCAAGUUUAAUGAUUUUCGCGGCGAAUUUCAUACACCCUGUAAAACGGCGACAAAAAUCAGUGAGAAUAAACGCCUUAGCCGCCAAAAAAAAAGAAAAACAUGAGUCGUCAAGCCACCUAGCAUUUGUAGUGUAAUAGGCGGAUUGUAUAUAGUUGGAUUGCGCGAGUCUCUGCUUUACGGCGACGGCGGAUAAAGUGGGGGCGGGAGGGGGUAGGACACACAAGCGAGAGCGGCGGAAAAAUGGCGUCCGAUAACGAAGCCUCCUGCGUGAGUGACCCAAAUUUCGCGGUCAUAUGCUCGUUUCUCGAAUGUUUCGGCAAAUCUUGUGGCAUUAAUUAUCCCGACAUUGCGAGACUCCAGGAGAUGCUCGAGGAUACACAAGAAGUUCCUCAACAGCUUGUAGAAUUGCACAUAAAGUUAUUGCGCAAAUUGAGAAAGACUGUGUCACCAGAAAAAUGGGAAAGAGCACUGGUGAAGUUUUGUCACACGUAUUCCAAUCAGGAUGGCUGGGAAUUGGAAAGAUUCGGUUACAAAAAAGCACGAAUCGGCGUAAAACUUCGUCUCCUCAAGGUCUUGCUCGAAGCUCAGUUCGACUUGAAUGCAAGGUUCAAGCUGGAAGUAAACAAGUUGGCAGCGGACCAGCUACGAGUCGAACCUUUGGGACGUGAUAAAACAGGCUUGACUUACUGGUUCCAGUUAGACGAAGAGUGUAACAUUAGAGUAUAUCGAGAAGACUUGGAUGAAGAAAAUUGGGAACUGGUUGCACAGGAUCGUGAAGGUGUGGUGAAUCUAAUAAAUUUAUUGUCGGACGGUGAGGGCGAGUUGAUUCCGGUGAACGAGGACAGCAGCAACAGUAUGGGAAUAUCGGAAAAGCCGAUAAUAGAUACGGGUCAAGUUGCGGAAUGUGCACUUCCGGCAGAUGAGAAGAAGCCUGAAAACGGGACUACGAAAGAAGAGAAAAUGGAACAAGAGCAAGAAGUUGCGAGCGUCACAGUUCCGAAUAAUCAAGAAGUAGAAACGGAGAAAGAGAGAAUUGAAAAUACAGUGCAAAACGUAAACGAGAAUAAAGAAGUUGAGGAGCAAGUCGAAGAUGAGGAAGAAGAGGAGGAAGAAGAGGGAGAAGGAGACGAGGAAGACGAAGAAGUGAGCAAUGACGAAAGUUCAGAAGCGAAUUCGGACGAAAACGACGAGGAAGAAGAGGAGGAGGAAGAGGACGAAGAAGAAGAGGACGAAGAGGAUUCUCAAGAAGCAUCGGAGAUUAAGAAUCAAGCGCCUCAAUCGGUGAUUCCACCAAAACUCGUGGAGAACAAAGCCCCACUGAUGACAAUUCAAGCGAAGAACGUAGUAGAGAAAGAAGCACCACGAACACCGUGGAAAGUAUCGAUUUCCGAAGUAAACAACGAAGUGGUGCCGAUCAGUGGGGAAGCGGUGCAAAUACCAAAGCCGAUUGCGGCGAAGGCAAAUGCCUUGGAUUCAACGAUUCAAGUUAAGGCUAUCGAAACUCCGGUUAUAACUACGUCACCACUUAAAUUAAUAAAUAUCCACGAGUUACAGAAUCCAGCGGUAGUAGAUCGAGGGCUUCAGCGGGAGGAGAAGUAUUCCGUCAAAUCGGCCUUGCCUUUUCAAGCCUCCGAAUCGACAUCGAUUCACCCCAAAUUUCCGGUUAAACCGAUUGACAAAUUGGCCGCUAAUUUGUCGCGUAUACAGUCGGAAAAAUUGGAGAAACCCGGCGCAGCUAAGUUGCUUGAAAAAAUAGCUGAGAAUUUGGCCCGUUCGAGCGGUGCUCAAGGUGCAACGUUGGUAAACGGAGACGAUGAUAAAGUGCAGGAACUCAUUAAUCGAGGUGGAUCUGAAAAAUCGAACUUGAGUAUAAUGCCGGCGAGGAGUCAACGGGGGAUGAAUCUAUCGACAUCGCCUCGUGGCUGGGAAAGCUCGAACGAUCAUGCGAGACCGAUGGAUUAUUCUGGCAUCGAUCUGUCUAGUCGUAAAAUUUCCAAACCUGGUGCGGAUAUCCAUCCUCCGUCGGGGGCUUAUAGACCGCAAGAUUUUCAGCAUCGAGAGAUGGAUCUGAGCACAAGGAAAAUCGGUAAGCCGGAAAGCACCGGUUUGCCGUACGAUUCGCGCUCAGUAAUACUCCGGAAUCACACGAUGGUGACCGAUUUGAGCAAGAAACAAAUGUACCCUGGUUACGAGAUGCCUCAAGCUGGCGCGUAUCACAGUAGUCCGAGAAUAAGCGGUAAAGAAGAGCACAGACUUCCAAAUUACACGAUUUUACCGGAUCCGAGUAAAAUAGCAUCGAUGAGAAUGAACAGUGGUCCUUUGAAAAGAUCUAUGGACAUGGGCGAAGAUCCACAGCAGGAAAUGCUCAAGAGAAUGAGAACAGAGGGCUUACCGUUGAGGGGCACGAUGGACAAAAGGUUAACACCGAUUAUGAAUUCUUCGAGACGCGAUGACAUCGUUGGGCCUGCAAUCGAAGAGCCCGUGAUGAUGGUACGGGGUGAAGGCUCCGGAAGCGAUUGCGAUGCCGUUAACCCCAUUAUUGGCGAAGCGAUCGAGGAACAAGUUGUAUUUUUUUACGGCGACGGAACCGGUCGAGAGUGUGAUACGGGUAAUCCCGGCGACGAUACGUCCUCAGAAAAUAAGGAAAGCAACGAAUCAAAAAACGAAGGUUGUAGCGACGUUACGACGAGUUUGACGCCUACGAAGAUCGUCAAUCCUGAGGGCAGCGUUAACGAAGCGACGAGCGGCGAGGACAAGUCGUUACCUCCGAGAAUAAAUGCAAAUUGUUCUCAAUCGAGUAAUCCCAGCGGGACCAUCGAUAAUUGUCAGUCUACCGUAGUUUCUUCGGUCUCUCCGAAGGCCAAGUUUAAACCUACGCUCGGGGUUCAAGUUAUCCCUCGAACGGGCACCAGCAGUGGCAGCGGUGGAGUAAAGAAAACUUCGAGAUGGGACGUCGGAAGACCUGAAGAUAAAACCGAAUGCGAUAGCAGUAUCGUAUCGAGUGGAGAAAACAUAUCAACGCCUAACGAAACUUUAAAUGUUGCCGAUCAUCAUCGAACGAUGGGUAAUGAUCGUUUGAGCAUGAGCGACGAUCACGUUCCAAGGCAAUCCGAAACUGACGACAUCACGAGUACAUCCAAUCAAACUCCCGCGAGUAGCAUCGUCGCCGAAUGCUCGUCGAGCGUUGGAGACGUCGAAAACAUAACCGACACGAUUCAAACUCUUUCGACGCAACCAGACAGCUCGUUAUCCACUGAAACUUCAACUUCCACCGGCAACGAUUAUGAGAGCAAAGAGACAGAAGCCUCCGAAAAACUGCACUGUGAUUCCUCGGUCGCUCCAAGCGUCGCCACUUCGUCCGUUGACGUCGUUCAAUCCGUUGUAUCAACGGUUAAGGAAGACUUCAACACGGACGAGGAAAAAGUUUGUUCGCCUGAACCCGCCGAGGAGAAAAACGAUCCCACCGCCGAUUCUCCACCGCGGUUUUUCUUCGGACCCAACUGCGUUUCUUACAGCUCGAAAACGGAAGAGGAAACACCCUCGAGCGAAGCUCCCUCCACUUCCGAUAGCAAACCUGAGAUCGAGAAACUCGUUAGUGAUAAUAAUAAUUUAGCUGAAAUCGAGGAACCCCAAAAUCCAGAAUCAUCGGAUACGUCACGCGAAAGAAAGAGCCCCGAGAUCGCGAAUGAAAAACCCGAAGCUCAGCCACUCUAUAAGAUUGAGGAGGCAACGAUCCCAUCCGUUUCUACAGUACAGUCGUCGACGUGUCCAGAAACUGUUGACGAAGUUGAAUGUCCUUCUGUGCCGAUGGAUAUUUCGAUCUUGCGAGACGAGAAAGAAGAAAAAAUCGACGCGAGCGAACAAAUGGAGGUUUCUGAAAGUAACAAUCCCGAAGAAUCCGAAUCGCAGAGAAAAUCGAACGAAGCAUUGAUUUCUGCGGUUGAGAAAACAACCGAAGACAGUCAACCGUCGACAGUUGUGAGAUCUGAACUCGGGACGAUCGAAUCCUCGACGGAUGAUCCACCAAGGGAUGAGUCUGCGAUGGUAAUUGAUUCAGAAUUAUCAUCGAGUACGCCACUUUUAGAAACAGUUGCAAAAGUUGAUUCUCCGAAAAAAGAUGAUGCGAAUGCUGAAAAUAAAAUUGUUCCUCCGAGAGAAAUCAACGAAGCGGAUGAAUCGCGAGCGGAAAGUACUAAUCUGACCAGCGAUUCGAGCGACCAACUAGCCGAAACGACUUUCGAAGAGGCAGCGAGCUCAACGUUACAAGUUACUCCGGAUGACAGUACGCAGACGAACGAGACGAGCGAUGAGAAACCUUACGGCGCCAAAGAACUCGAGCUGUCGAGCGAUCUUGACGACAAAACUAAACAAUCCCUGGAUUCUGAAGAUGAUUCAUGCGCCAUGAGAGUCGUCAAAAUGAACGAAGAGAACGCCAACAACGAGCUCUGUAACGAGGACGCCCAAGACGGUUUCUCUAAAAGUUCUGAAAUUCCCGAAGAAACUAAAGAAAGCGUUGAACCGUCUGAUAAUAUCGUACAAGUUGGGCACACCGGGAGAAUGCACGAGGAACGAUCACAAACAAGCGUUCAAUUGCCCGAAGAUUCUUCCGGUGAUUCGAUCGCUUUGAGCUACUCCAGCUUGGCCGUUAAUCCCAGCGAAGACUCCACCACGAGUGGAAUCUGCGAAGCUUCGUCCUUGCCUGGCAACCCCGAAUCCAUGGAGAAAGAAGAAAUUCAUGAAAAAGUAACUCCCGCUCCCAUCGUUGAUUCAAAUAUCGCUAAAUCGCCCGAGAGAAUAACCAUCGAGAGCAAAAAAGCUUCGAGCUCAACCGGCCUCUUACAAGCGGUCGAUUCCUACACGGACGAUCUUUCGGAAAACCAAAGCUCAGCUGAUCAAGACUCGAACGAAGCUAUGGUCAUUGAUGACAGAACAUCCGACUCCACAGAGUCCGUAAAAGAUGCGAAGGUCGAUAAAGCUGCACCGAGUGCGGUCGAAACUUUGAACUUUGUCGAUAAAGUAUCUGCUCCCAUUACUUCCAACGAAAAAACCGACGAGGAUAUCGAAGCUCCGCUCUCCACCGAGUCGUCCGAGGUCCCAGCUUGUGGUGCAUCUUCCGCAGAGCCCUCGGAAAACCUCGAAAAAACUGAAGAUAAAGAGCAGAGUUUAAACAACGAGACUCAACCAAUUUUGGUGGAUCCAAACCUCUCAGGUAUUCAGGUUUCCGAAAACAACGACGUUUUACCAGGUCUUCUAAAGCCAGAAGAGAAUCCACCGGUUGCUCCAGAAGCCUUGAAAAACGAGGAUACGAAGAAUAACGUGACUGAAAUAGUAGAAGAAAAAUCUUCGACUGUUCAACCUUCCCUCGUUCCCAAUUACGUUUGUAGCGACGACGAUGAUGUGAGUGAUGAAGUUUUCGAACCGGAGACUGGAGAACUCGAAGUGUCUUCUAAAAAAAUCGACGAAGAAUCUCCGGUUGCGAUCGAGGAUGAAAUCUCAAGGCUAACGGUCGUAGUUGGUAACGUCGAGGCCUCUGAACCAAAAAGUUCUGAAAGCAAAAUAUCAAGCGAGUUGGAAGACAAAUUUCCUGCGGGAAAAUCGGAUGUUAAUAUUUGUGAGAACAGCAGAGAUUAUUCCGAGCCCGAAUUCGAUAACGCGGAGACGCAUGAACAAACGCACCCAAAAAUCGAAGCUUCGACGAAAAAUAUUGAUGUUGAGAACAAACGAGAGAUCGACGAAAAAUUGAAUAUUCCUGGCGAGAGAUUAGGAACGAAUGACGACACAAAAGAAACGGGAGUGUCGGAAGUCAGCCUGGAAAAUGUGCAAGAAACUGACGUUAAGUCUGAUGAAUUGAUCGCCGAAGUGGUGAACGAGGAUGUUCCAAAGGAAUCUGCAUGCUUAGAAAUUGCGCGGGAAACUCAGGAUCCUGUAACAGACUGUGACGAAAUGAGUAAAACUUCAAGCACGUUUGACACUACUGCUAAAGACGAUGAUCAGGGGAGCAAAUCAAUCGAAUUUUCAAAUAAAGAAUCUUUGGAAGAUAUUUCAAAAUUGGAAUCGAUUCCUUCGAUUUCUGUAGACGCGAUUGAAAAAAUCGACGAAUUGUCAACUUCUGAGAGUCCAAUGACAAAUUGUGAGAGUGAGGGUGUAACUGAGAAAUCAAUUGAAUCGGAAAAGAAAGUCGAUCGGUCGGUCGUUUCUGGAAUUCUCGAAUCAGCAACUGACGUUGCUGAUUCGCUGCACGACCAAAGUAGCCUUGAAAUUUCGAAGGGUAAUCAGCAGCAUUUGACAGAAACGAGUUUGAUCGAAAAGCAGGACAUUGCCGACAUUCCUGCGCUGCCAGAAUUUCCUACGCAACCAAUUGAAGCUAAAAUAAUCGAUGAAGUUGUCCCAGCGGAAACUCGACAAGCUGCGGAAGCUUCAGAACUGAGUGUAGUUACCGCACCAACUUUGAAAACUUUGGCGGAUGUUCCGAGCGAGAAAUCGAACGAGAGUAAUUUCGUGAACAAAGUUCCUGUAUCAAUCGUUAGCGAGAAAAUUGAUGAGGUUUUAUCGGCGAAAAAUGAACCGAAGAAAGAAGCGAGUAAACGAUUGCACGGCGUAUCAGACAGCGAAGAUUUUCCGCCGACGAAAUCGAAGCCACCGAGCGAUGAUUUCGAUAAUGAGCUUACAACUCGACAUUCCAUCGAGGAAAAAAGCAUCGCAAUUGAUUACAGUAAACUCGUUGAAAGCCCGGCCAUCCCGACAACAACUGUCACCGCCCUUACAACUUCGUCGGUUACGGUCGACGAAAAACUUGCUUCGAAAACUGUAGAACCACCAAUGGAGAUAAUGCAAAAAGUGACGAAUCACGAGGUCCCGAAAAUUCUUGGUAAUUGUGCUGAAUCGACGCCGUUAGAGCAAAAAUCCUCGGAGAUCCAAAGCAUCGACGUUAAAUGUGUCGAUCUGGAGUCUGAUGAUUCGAUGGGAAUCGAUAGCCAGACUAUAUUCGAAGCUCCUGCCGAAGAUGUGGAUCCUCUCGCGUGCGAGGAAGAUGAUUUUUCGAAAAGAACCAAUUCGGAAGAAGCUUCCAUUCCAAAAAUUGGCAUUCGCGUUAAACCAGUUGCCGAUCUAGUUUACGAAGGGUGGAAACUCGAUUCGCCGGACCCUCCGGCUGCUCAGAUUGCCUCGCGGAAACGACGCAACAGCGCUUAUGAAUCGAAUUCCGAGGAGGGAACGACGAAGCAGGAAGAUGACGGUGAAACAGGUGGAAAGAGAAUGAAGCUUCGAGGCAAAAGAUCUCCGGAUUUGCAACUUCGGAAAUCGGUCGAAGCGAAUCGUCCUGAGGCCCUCACCUCUGAGGACGAAGGGCCUAAAGAUGUAACGCCGGUUGAAACAAUUGACAUCAAAGACGACGAUGAUGAAGUUAUCGAAAUCGAGACUACGAGAAAUGACAAAAAACCCCGUGGACGACCUCGAGGUAGGAGACGACGCGGUAAUCGAUCUUUUCCCAAACCAGCGGCUCGCUCUAAAAUCAACACUGAAAAACUGUCCGAAGAAAAUUCUGAAAACCUCGCUACUCUUCCUGUCACUGAUUCGACCGAUGUUGGACAAACGGAGUCGAAGAAAAAAAGAAAGAAAAGAAAAAUGGUUCUUGGCCUGGAGAUUGGGAUCGAUAUUGCAGUACCGGAAUCGCAAGGUGGUCCUGGUGUGGACGAGAUCCCGGUGCGGCAAUCACGAAGGAUAGCGCAAUUGAAGAUCAAAGAGGAGGCUGACAAGAGAAGAAUCGAGGAGGAAACGCUCAGUGACAUGAGAGACAAUAAAAAGGAUCGCGAUGGUACGGAGAAGAAGAAGCGGAAAAAGCAAAAAGCCGAGAGCGAGGACGACGCAAUAAUCGUUAAGGAAGUGGAGCGUGAGGUGAAAUCACGAAAACGUAAGAAGAAGAAAAUGCUGUCUACGUUCAACGAGGCCAAACCGUGGCAAAGUUCCUCAGGUUCGAGCAGCGACGAAGAGGGUCAGGAAGAGGAGGACGAAGAAGAAAUUGAGAGCGAGGGUUCGCUUCUAUUUAAAAGUGACCAUGAAUUUUCGCCUGAAAGUGAUCUCGAGAAAGAUGAAGAAUCGGAACCUUUGAGACGAGCGAGAACUGCCAAAGCAGGACCGUCUGAUGUUGAGGACCCGGAAGACGAGUAUGCUUGUCAAAAGUGUGGAAAAGCUGAUCAUCCCGAAUGGAUUUUACUUUGCGAUACUUGUGACCAAGGCUGGCACUGUUCCUGCUUAAGGCCAGCGUUGAUGCUCAUUCCCGAGGGCGAUUGGUUCUGUCCACCGUGUCAACACUAUAUCCUGGUGAAAAAACUACGAGAAAGUCUGAAAACCUUCGAUCAAAAUUCAAAGAAGCACGAAAACGAAGUCUUACGAAAAAAGAGACUCGCUUUUGUCGGUAUCAGCUUGGACAACGUUCUCAAAGGUGAACGAGCUGGCGACAGCUCAAGAGGGUCUAGUGAACAAUCGGAUAACGAUUCGUCAUCAUCCUCUUCCGGAUCGAGUUCAAGUAGUUCCAGCAGCGAAGAAAGCGAGCCCGUUUAUCAAUUGCGAGAAAGACGCUGCGCAAAUACGUAUAAAUUCAACGAGUACGAUGAUAUGAUAAAUGCAGCGAUACAGGAUGAAGUGGAAGCGCUUCAAGGAGCGGGCAAUCAGGGACGUGGCAAGGACAUUGCUACGAUAGUGAACGCAGAGAAGGAAGAAGCCCAAGCGGAAGCGCUCAAGAGCAGAGAGCAUGAUGAGGAUGACGACGAAGAUGGAAAGAAGUCGGAAAAGGACAGCGACGAGGAUUAUAAAAUUGACAAAGAAGAAAUUGACGAAGAGGAGGAAGACCACGCGAGAAAGUUAUCCAACAAAAAAAUGCUCUCGCGCAAGAAGCAUCGCAAACUCAACAGUCUUGACAUCAGUAGCGAGGAUGAUCCUGAGAGUGACGAAGACUUCAAAGGCUCGAGCAGUGAGGAGGAAGAAGAUUUUGACGACCAGUUGGAAUCGUCGGACGACUCAUUUGCAAUGAAUAAAAGACGAGGUAGAAAAGGAGAAUCUCGACCUGUUAGAAGAUCGACAAGAGCUGCAAGAACGCGAUACGAUGCUGAUUUUGUCAAUGACGACAGUGAGGACAGCGAUCGCCCGAAGAGAAAGAAGUCAAGAUCUAUUUGGGAAGGUUCGGAGAGCGAAGAAAGUGAUAAUUCGUGGCGGCAGCGUAAAAAGAAGAGUAGGACUAUCCCGGCACCUCGCAUCAGGGCAACGUCAAAAUCGAAAUCCCGAAAGAAAAAGAAAAGGAAACGCAUUAUAGAAUCUGAUAAUCUUAGUGACAACGAUGAGGAGGAGGCUGAGGAAAUGAACGAGGUUGAAGCAGUACAUGUCGAGCAUCAGCCGCUGGUAGAAGCCAACGAGGAGGAAUUCAAAAACAAUGAGCAAGUCUCUAUGAAGAAGAUUCACGAGGAAGAAUUACUGCAGGAUGGCGAGACCAAAUAUGAAGCUACGAAUAUCGAAGAGGAAAAUCCGAAAAAGAAGAAGAAGGAAACCACGCCAAGAGUUAAGAAAGCUCCCGGUAUCAGAAGAAAAAUUAUUUAUGGUGGUCUUGAUAACGAUGGACCGAGGCAAGAAGAGGAAACACUGGCGAGGCGUACGCGUGGACGUAAAAUCAAUUAUCAGGACAUUAUGGGGUCUGACAGUGAAGAGGAGCUGAAUAAGGUUUUACGAAAAACGGAGGAAAGCGAAGACGAGUUCGUCGUCAAUGAAGGAGAAGAGUUCAAUGAGGACGUCGAAAAGGAUUCGGACUCGGGUGACAUAUAUUCGCCCAAGAAAGAUAUACCGAAAGGAAAAGCUAAAUCGCCGAAGAACAAAAAGAUGAAAAAAAGUCCUGCCGGUUCGAAAACUCCAACGGACAAUGGUACGCCAAAACAAAGAAAAAAACCAGGCCCGAAACCCGGAAGUAAAAACAAGCCUCGUGAUCAACAAGUAUUGGCAAUAUCACCAAGCGCAAAGCCAAACGAUACGGACUCGGUGUCCCGUGGACUAGAUAUGGAAGGCUCGACAAUGUCGGCGACGGGAUCGGUAAUCGGGGAAGUCCCAGAGGGUUCGUUGACGGGUUUGACAGCCGACGAUAUAAACGCUUUGGAUGACGAGCAGAUAGAGCAAAUGAUGAUGGAAGACGAAGAGUACGGUCGACGACAGCUCGAGUUAGCGGCGAUCGAGAUAGCUAAGAACAAGAAGCAGGAAGAGAAAGAAGCGAAAAAAUUAGAGAAGGCGCGUUUGAAAGCUUUGGAGAUUCUAGCAGCGGAGCAACAGCGUGAUCCAAAUGCGCCGGAUGGGACGGACGGGGAGAUACCGAAGAAGAAAAAACGGGGGCGUCGUAGUAAAGCAGAAAUUCUUGCAGAACAGAUGCGCCGUGACGGUGUGCCGAGUUUGUUGACGGGUGUUCCGACUAUCUUACAACCGAGUUUAAUACCGGACGUGUCCCCGAGCCAUGUGUCGCCAAACGUAGUGACGAGUCCGGCAUUACCAACGAUCGUAGCAGCGCCGGUGGAAAUAGAGAGAAGUCCAGGGGCUCAAAUACCACUGAUGGCCGGACCAGACGGUCAACUAUUCAGUCCGGAUGGAUCACCGCUAAAGCCAAAGAGGAGAGGUCGGGGCAAGGGUAAGAAAACACUCGCGUUGGAGGCUGCUCGCGCGGCUGAGGCGGCAGCGAAAGCUUCCGGCGUCGAUAUCAGCCAACUCGGAAUCACCGGAACCGACUCUAAUCCAGAAGUUAAAACGGACGAUAUCCCGAACGUUCUUCCUACUCCAGGUAGCAGUACUUCGGGUUCAGCACCGCCAACACCACCGACAAGCAGUGUCGUUCCGAGCCAAGGACUACCGUUGGCUCAAUCACCUAAUCAACAGCAACAUCCCCCGCCGCAACAACCCACGGUCUAUCCUACUCUGCCGCCUAGUCAACAGUCUUCCGUAAUCACGAGGAUGCUGCAGUCCCAGCCAGUAUCGAGUACACCGCAAUCGUUCACCGCUGCGGCAGCAGCGAUGGGUCACAAGUAUUUUGGCGGUCCAAACGCAGCCGGCCAAAUGAUGGCGGGUCCUAGACCAAGCAAUUACGACAUGCCGCCACGUGGCAGAAUACCAUCUCCUUACAGGCAAUCGGGUCCUUCCUCGAUGCCACACUUUGCAGCUGUGCGUUCGGGAACCCCACCGAUGAGGAUGCGAGUACCAGGCCCCCAGAUGUAUCACACACCUCAUCAUCCCAUGGACCCAUCGCCCUCCGGAGGUGGGCCGAUAUCGAUAAACAGUCGGGAUCGGAGCUCACCCCUCGGUCCUGUACCAGCGAUGAUACCACCAGCCGCCGGUAGUCCGUUGGCAAAAGGUGGUCCCACACCUCCGCCCCCGCCUUAUGUCAGAGGCGGCCCGGCUCACUCGAGAUUCGCCGAUAAUCCACAGUUAGGACCAAGACAUCAAAUACCACAAUUCCCAAGUCCCUCGCCAGCCAACCACAACAUGCAGCAACCGUCACCACCCCCGAAUCGACCACCCGGCAACUUUUCUCCGUACCAUCCACCACCACCACCGAAUUAUCAUUACGGGGCUUACCCACCACCACCGCCCAUGACUACGGCUGAUGACGCAGCAGCUUAUCAAGGUUCACCUUACUCUGCCGAACAUUUUUCAACCCCCGCUGAGAGCCAACCUCAAAUACAGCCACCGCCGCCACCGCCACCUCCUCAACAGCAACCCGGCCCACCGCAGCCUCACGCGAACGAACCUGGAGGACCUGGCAAUAAGCAGUACGACGAAGAAGGUACCGGUGAAUUUGGUGGUCUCGUUUCCUAUUUCAGCAGUCAACGAGAGGACGAUCUUGACUCGUAGCAUGAGUGAAUCCUUGGCUACUCGUGAACCGCGCGACUCUGUUUAUCGCCUCAUUACAUAACCGCAUAAACAUUUAUCAGGAUCGCUCUUUAAAUCAAUUAUUUCGUGGCAUUGACGAAGAUUCAUUUUUUCCAUCAAUGGGGACGUGCUCGUGUAUCCACUUAAUGUCAAGUUUCUCUAACGACGUACAAGAGCUUUGGAAAUACGGGACGAAAGUCACGUUAGUCUCCAAGGUGCGUCGUGACUACAGUCUUCGAGAGAAAUAAUUAUGAACUCUCUGAACGCCUGCAAACUCAUUGUUACGUCUCGUAACUCGAGGACCUUUCCCAUAAAAAACAACAUCAAAAUCAGAGAUCUCGGUGGAUAUUGAAAUCAGCAGAUGAUCUCAACGAAAAUACAUUUACAUGAGAAACAAAAAAAAGCAAAGAAGAAAGCAAAGUAAAAAAAAAUCACAAUUUACGUAUGCAACACAAAGAGAGCCACUAAGCUGCAAAUUGGCCAAGUACCUGGUUUCUACAAUACCGUCAACGUCCUAAUACUUUAAAAAGCUUUCUAUAUUGUUAGUCAGGUAAAUGGGGAAAUUGAGCCGUUUUUUGCUACUCCAUGCGGACGAGCAACCAACGGCGAUUACGGGCAAUCGCAAUAACACGUGCGAACGAGACUUAACGAAAGUUAACGAAGAUACAGAUCUGACACGAAUGAAAAAUAUUUAAAUUACGUCAGCGGAUCUUUGCAAAAGAUAUUUAUAAAUGAAAAAAAAAAAAAAAAAAACGAAGAAAUGAAUAACAAUAAUGAAAAUACAAAAAAGAAAUAUUACUUCCAAAAUCCAAAUUAAUUUGCAAAAUGUAUUUUAGUCGCAGAUUUAAUGAAAGUGAAUUUUCUUCAUCCAUUCAAAUUAAUCGGCCGUAAUAGUAACGAAUGAGAGAACAAAAAAGAUAUUAACAUGUUCGGGCGUAAUGCCAGUGUCAUAUGUAUAUAUGUAAAUACCGUAAUUCCUCUAGAUUAUAUAUAUAUAUUUAUAUAUAUAUAUAUAUAACUAUAUAUACACAUAUAUAUUACAUGUAUCAUAUAUACACACAGUCACGAAAAAUACCAUAAAUUGAAUAGUGCAAGGGGCACAAAUGUAAUAUUUAAAUUAAAUCAUGGACGCUCGCGUUGAGGCAUGUGAAUCUUGAUGCGCUAAAAGAUGAAAGAUAACGAGAAGGAAAUGAAGGGAAAAAAUGAAAAAUCGAUAAAUAACAAAUGGUGUGAAGACUACUACUAUAAUUAUUUAUAAACGAGGCAAACAAAAAAAGUAAGAAAAGAGGGGGAAAAAUGAAUAUUAAGAAUUUAUAAUAGUACGUAUAUUGUAUUUUACAGAUUUUACUUGAUACCUAUUCGAUAGUGAUCAUUAAAUAUGAUUAUGAAUUUGGUGGGAAGAAUAUGAGACCGACGCACAAGUUUGAAGCAACAAAAUACUCCUACUCCGUAAAAUAAGGAGAUCGUUUUACUAUUCAUAUUGUUCGAUCGCGAAUCAUCUCCCGCAUAUAGUUAUAGCCAAGAAAUCGGAGAAACGAAAACGAUUAAUAAAGUGAAGAGGAUUCAGGGUGCUGAGGAUUUUGUUGCUUCAAUUUUCAACUCGGCGGCUCGCUGCGCGCCCCCCCCCCCCCCUCCCCCAUAGGUUUCAUAUUCUUUGACGGCCUACAAGGCCAAUAGCGCUGUUUUGAAGAAAGAAAAAAAAACAACAACAAAAAGAACGUGUAUCUGUUUAGUUCUUGCAAGUACGUGCAUACCUAAUAUAAAUAGAAAUUAUUAUAAAUAAAAGAGGAAAAAAACACAAGAUUAUACAUUAUCUUAGAAUUUAGCAGCUUGGGAUAGUUUCCUCCAAUCCAACUGAACGUUUACAAUUGAUAAAUAAUUAAGAAGAAAAAAAACCAUGUUGAACAAAAGAAACGAGAAAUCAUAAUGUGAAACGAGAUGAUUUAACUACAUAUAUAAUAAUUUUAUUAUUUUUACACCUAUACGAUGUACUAUCUCGAUUGUAUGUCGUUUAAAUGUACAAUCUCUGUCUUUCUCUUCCUUAGACUCGAUGUGUCUUCGGCAAAGGUUGCGCUUUUGGGAAACACUCGAUAAUAUCAUGUGAGGAAAUUUAGAGAGAAAAAAAAGGAGAAAUAUCGUUGGUACUAUGUUUUUCUUUUUUUUUUUUUAAUUUUUUUUAAAUAUUGAAAUAUUGUUUCAAAACUACGUAAAUCGUGUUGCGCAUGAAAAUGCAAUGUCGAAUUAAGGUGUGAUUUUUGACAUUUAAAAAUUAGACGAUUCGCUUGUAUCAUGAUUGCAUUUUGUGAGAAAAAAAAAAACAAUUAUUUAUAUAAGCGAUACGACUGUCCCGGAAAACACAAUUUUUGGCAUGACCCGAAUUUUUCUUUCUUUUAUUGCAUAAUCGUGUGUAAUUUUAUUCAACACGAAUAAAUAUACUUUGUCAAAAAUUGUUGAGGGAACAACGAUAAUAUCGUUUACAGCGGCGUGUAAUCGCUACGCAAAUAUUCAUGACGAAAAGAACAAAGAAAAUUCAUUCUGAACGUGUCGGGAGAAAAGAAUGCGACGAGAAAAAUUAUGUGUGCGUUUAUAAAUUCUUUUUUGUUUAUUCGUACAGAGAUUUGAUAAAGAAAAAAGCUACGACGAUGUGUCCCAUAAGCGCAAACUAAACCGUAGUUAUUUGCUACAACAAAUAGGAAAAUCGAAAACAAAUAAAAAUAGAUAACAAAUUUGGUGCAGUUUGGCUUUCUUUUUAUUAAGGGUCUAGACCAAACGCGAUUAUUAUAUUACAUGUUGUAGCCCAUAAUUGCAGAAGUUUUGUAAUAAAAUCAUUAUAUUGAACGAUA